GACUGCAGGCAGCAGCUUUACCCACUACACCACAGCGCCGGCCCCUGACAAAGAUUUUUAAAAUGAUAUAAUGUAGGGAUGACAAGGUUGUGGGAAAACAAGCCCAUUUCAUAUGCUAUGGCAAGUUGAUAUGACCUUUCUGGAGGACAUUUGGUGGUGCAAAUUCAAUGUCUUCCCAUUUCAAAGACGGGCGACUGAGGGACUGAGAGUUUAAGUGGCUUGCUUAGCUAGCAACACUGCAAGUUAGGAACCAAGCCAAGCCGAGGGUGAAGCCUUCUCAUCCCAGCCUUCAAUCCACUACUGCUUGUGGCAGUGUUCACUACAGCAAUGCAUUGCAAAGCAACCUCAACAGACGACAAUAUGGGACGAUUUUUAAAUUCUUGCUUUUCUGUGAAGAAACACUGAUGUCAUCGGAAAGUAUUUGGUGGCACUGGAAAGCACCCAUGAUGCAGAGCCCGAUGGUGGGGAGCGUUUGGCAUGGGGUGGAGACACCUGCAUCCCACAGCAGAGUGCCUGAGCUUCAGUCCUGGCUCUGCUCUAGAUUCCAGCUCCCUGCUGCUGUGCUAAUGUGCACAGUGGCUGAUGCCUCAAGUACUUGGUUCCCUGCCACCCGUGUGGGAGACCUAGGUUAGGUUCUGGUUUCCUGGCAUUACCUGGGCCAGCCCUGGCUGUUGUGGACCCUGGGGAGGGAGUCAAUAGGUUGGAGAUCUCUCUGUCUCUCUGCCUUUCAAAUAAAUUAAGUAAGUACAUAAAAUGUUUUUAAAGUUCCUGGUGAAAGCGUUUAGAUAUCAGUAUAUAUAGUAUGUUCUUAAUUUUUAAAAUUAUAUGUGUGUGUGUAGAAAAAAGAUUCAAAGAAAUAUUGCUGAGUGGAAGAAUUACAGGUGACUUCAAAUUUUUCUUCUUUUUAAGCUAAUUUCCAGUCGUCAUUACAACAAAUAGGCUAGAAAAAGCCCCCAAUGGUGGCAUGUACAUUGAAAUAUAGGAAGUGAGAUCAUAUUUUGCAUUUAUUAGGGGAAAUUUCUUCAUCAAGGAAUUCUGUGACCAUCACUCUACCGAGUGAGGAAGUCAUUUGUGCAUUUUGUAACUCGUGGCGUGGAGCUGCUCCCGCAGGCCUCAUUGCUCUUCUUAUCCGCACUUACACUCCAUCUGCUCCCCGAAAGGGCCUGGACAUCUGCUUGCAAGUGUCUGUCCCCACUCCCUGGGAAAUGGCAGCUUCCUGUGACUCCUGGCUGGCUGGCUGCCUCAUCACUCUCGUCUUUCUCCAGUUGCCGACGCACCUGUCAGGAGAUGCCGACAAGUACCACCUGGCCCCGCUCGGGGGCACGGCCGAGCUGCUGUGCCCGCUGCCGCUGUGGCCCCAGGUGGCAUUCGACGAGGUGCGCUGGCUGCGGGCCGCCGGGCCGGGGCGCGCCGGGGCCGUGCACGUGUUCCGGGAUGGGCAGGACCGGGAGGACGAGCUGCUGCCCGAGUACCGGGGCAGGACGGCGCUGGUGAGAGACGCCCGAGAAGGAACCGUCACUCUGCAGAUCCGUGACGUGCGCCUGGAGGACCGCGGGCCCUACCGCUGCCGCAUCCGGAUCGGGAACCUGAGCCGGGAGGACGCCGUGAGCCUGCAGGUUGCAGUCCUAGGCUCCGAUCCUUACAUCCAUGUGACCGGCUAUGACGCUGGGUGGAUCCAGCUGGUGUGCAGAUCGGCGGGAUGGUUCCCGAAGCCUUGGGCCGAGUGGAGAGACCCGGAGGGCAGAAAGCUUCUCUCCCUGUUGGAGGUCCAUUCCCCGGACGAGGCAGGGCUCUUCCGCACAGCAGUGGCCAGCAGGAUCAGGGACAGCACUCUGGGGAAUGUGUCCUGCACUGUACGCAACGUGGCCCUUGGCCAGGAGAGGACCACUGUCAUGGUCAUAGCAGCCCCAUCUCCAGGAAGGCUGUCUGCCUCGGAGGUGGCUCUCGCUGCCAUCCUUCCUGUCCUGGGGCUUCUCAUCACAGCAGGCGUGUAUCUCAUCUGGAAGCAAAGACAAUCGAAAGAGAAACUUCUCUAUGAACAGGUGAUGGAGGUGGAAAACCUUCUCUCAGACCACGCUAAAGAAAAAGGGAGACUCCACAAAGCACUCAAGAAACUCCGGAAUGAGCUGAAACUGAAAAGAGCUGCAGCCAACUCAGGCUGGAGAAGAGCCCGGCUGCAUUUUGUGGCCGUGGCCCUUGACCCGGAUACAGCACAUCCUAAGCUCGUUCUGUCCGAGGACAGGAGGUGCGUGAGGCUUGGCGACAGAAAGCAGCCCCUGCCCGACAACCCCCAGAGAUUUGAUUUCGUCGUCAGCGUCCUGGGCGCCGAGUACUUCACGGCCGGCUGUCACUACUGGGAGGUGUACGUGGGAGACAAGACCAAGUGGAUCCUUGGGGUGUGCAGCGAGUCGGUGAGCAGGAAGGGCAAGGUCACCGCCUCGCCCGCCAACGGACACUGGCUCCUGCGGCAGAGCCGUGGGGAUGAGUACGAGGCACUCACGUCCCCGCAGACGGCCCUCCGCUUGAAGCAGCCUCCGCGCUGCGUGGGCGUCUUCCUGGAUUACGAAGCGGGAGUCAUCGCCUUCUACAACGUGACUGACAAGUCGCACAUCUUCAGCUUCACCGACAGCUUCUCCGGCCCGCUCCGCCCUUUCUUUGAGCCUUGUCUCCACGACGGAGGGAAGAACACGGCGCCUCUGAUCAUCUGUUCCGAACUGCUGCAGUCCGAAGAGUCCCUCGCCCCCAAGCCGGAAGGAAAAGGCCACGCGAAUGGCGACGUGUCCCUGAAGCUGAACCCCUCCUUGCGGCCCCCUCCCGCCCCGGAGCUGCCCCCACUCAGGGACAUGAUCGAGUCCUGGCCCUCGGACGUGGGCCCGGCCCUUCAGGGCUUCAGGGCUCCUUCCUUGUAGGCAGGGCUCUGCCUCAUUUCCUGCUGCCAUGACAAGCCAGCCCAGCACCCUGGCCUGGGGUCUCCUGGCGCAACAUCUGAUUCCGGAUCGCCCCUUAGCCCAGGCCCCCUGGUGGUUCCUGUUCCGACCACUGUCAUGCCAGGGCUCGGCGCUGAGCACCGCCUGUCCUCUGAAGACUUAGGGUCCCCACUGCGCUGCAAGGGGACAUCCUGGAAAGCAGGGGAGCAGUUUGGGUUGAGGGGGAGGUGCUGACUGUGGACCCCUGGGGGACAGAGCCUGCUAGGGGCGCACUGACAAGCACCCUCCUGCCCCACUCUGGUGCCUGACUUCUCAGUGACGCCCACCGGGAUGGUUUUCUUGUUUUGUGCAGUUCAGGCCUCCGGCCCCCAGAGCCAGCUUUGUCCCCUCGCUUUGCAUCAUUGUCCCCCGAGCUCUUUCUUCAGGACUGGGGUGGGGGAGGGGUGACGCAUGCCACCCUCUGUUUUCUGGAUGCUGUUGACAGCACAGUGUGAUGACGUCCGGAGCUAACGUGCAUGGUUUCCAAUGCUAACGUAUCUCUCGACGAUAUCCAGGUACUAGAACUUUAAAUGCAGGGCCAUAAUCCUGAACAGCCUCAGGAGCACUGACUGGGGAGCUGUGUGUGGCCCUGAACAGGCUGGGGAGACGAGACCGUGGCCUUCCCAGUGUCCUCCCGAGACUCAGAGCGGCCCAGCUAGACUCCAGGGCUGUUUAACCCACAAGUCUGCGCGACUGGAAGACUCCCCUAUUGCAGCAGCAGCCCAUCUUUUAGGUCAGACAGAAUUGGUCUCAAAUAAGAAGUUGGUGGACCAGGUGUGAGGAUGAAAUAGCAACCUGAUUUGGGGGGUGUGGAUUACAGAGAGAAGUCUACUCACUUUCACCUCCUACCACACCUGUGAGCUGGCCUCUGGCGAUACACACCAUCAGAUUGCAGGGGGGUACAUACACUUCUCCCCAUAGGAACUCGGACGUUUUGUCAUGAAGGCUGGCUAGUCCAAGACCUGGGGGUGACUCAGCGAGCGGGCAUCCCAGGCAUAGUUCAGGGUUCAAGGCCAGUAGACUGGAGACCCAGGAAGACAGAGUGUUUCUAUUCCAGCCUGAAGGCAGGCGGGCAGGAAGCAUACUUAGCUAGAGGAGGCUCAGUCUUUUGUUCUACUGAGUUCUUCAGCUGAUUGGAUGAGCCCACAUAUAUGAGGGAGGGCCACCUGCUUUACUCAGCCUACCGAUGUAAAUGUUAAUCUCACCCAAAACACCCCACAGAAACUUCCAGAAUGAUGUGUGACCAGAUAUCCAGGCACCCUGUGGUCCAAUCAAGUUGAUACAUUAACUAUCACAGUGCCUGUGUGGAUUUUUUUUUCAUUUGCUUUUGUACAGUUCUUAAAUAAAAGUUUGAUAUUUGCUGUUUG